UCCUACGCGAGAUAAUAUAAUCACCUCCCGGCGUCCCGACCCCGUCUUGAAUUGCUCCUCUUGCGCUGCAUUCGACAAGCAUACAGGCAUAGUGAUACUCUCAGACUCAGACUGUUCUCUACGCCAGCUUCCCCAGCACACGUCAUUCUCCAUCUUCCCGUUCUAUCUAUACUACUUGAGUCAUGGCGUCCGUUGUCAGUGUCCCGGCCCAGCGUCACCACGAAGGAAAGGUCGCUAUCGUGACCGGAUCGGCGAGAAGCAUCGGCGCAGCUAUCGCACGAAACCUGGCCGCCAAAGGCGCCAAUGUCCUCAUCAGCUAUCUGACCGAGGGCUCAGAUGCCGCGGCCGCGGAGCUUGCCAAGGAGCUUGAGAGCAACUACAAUGUCAAGGCCGCACCAUGCCGGGCUGAUAUAACGACCAAGGACGGCUGCGAAAAGAUUAUAUCGACAUGCAAGUCUGCGUUCCCAGCGAACUCCAAGACUGGCAACCUACAAAUCGAUAUUCUUAUCCAUAGCGCUGCCCUGUUCCAUGCCAUGCCGCUGGAGGCCGUCACUGUUGAGGAUUUUUACAAGGUUUACAGCAUCAAUGUUCUGGGACCCAUCCUCCUGACGCAGGCCGUCAAGCCCUACCUCCCCAACGACAGGUCGGGCCGCAUCGUAUGCAUCUCCAGCAUUGGUAGCAAGGUCGGGCUUGCAUACUUGACCCUCUACGGAGGCACGAAAGGUGCCAUUGAGGCCAUGACUAGGACUUGGUCCCGCGAGCUCGCUGAGAACGCGACCGUGAACAGCAUCAACCCCGGAUCUACAGCGACGGAGAUGUUUGCCCAGGCUAGCGAUGCCGCAAAGGAUGCGAUCGCAUUGCACUACCCAUUGACCCCGUUGGCGCCAGUGCGCGAGUGGGAUACAGAUGAGAUGAAGGAGAUGGGAAAGAAGUACGGCGGUCGUGUCGCAUACCCAGAAGAGAUUGCCGGUAUGGUCGGCAUGAUCUGCUCGCCAGAAUCGAGCUGGAUGACAGGAAGCUUGGUCAGCGCCAAUGGUGGCCAAUGGUUUAGCAGUUAAGCGAAUAUUUCAGAUACCCCUAAGCAUAUAGACUAAGCGCAAAUACAAACCAAGAACUUUGGAUGAAAUGCAAUACUAAACAACC